AAGUUCUUCAUUGUUCUUCUGUUUGGUCUAGUUUAAACCACGAUUCUGUACUGUUAAUCUAAAAUCCAUUUUGUUACGUGUUACGUGUUCACUGCGUGUUCAUUUAGUGAUAAAAUGUGUUAAGAGUUUCUAUCUGAAACAAGAAAUUCUCCAUCAGUUGAAGUAGUGCAGUCUGUUGCAUUCAUGACAGGGCUAAACUCUAUAUAGUGAUUCAUCAUUCAACCUAUAUUUAAGUUUUUCUUGCCGAUUACAACAUUCAAAUUAAGGUAUUUUAUGAGCCCAUACAUGAGUAUUCCCCAUAUGUUUCCAGUGUUUCAGCUAAAGCAUUCCUGAUUACAACUUUGAUUGCUGCAAUUCCCAAACACAAAAUACCCAAGACAGAGUUCUCACCAUGUUUAUCGACCAAUCUCCUAUCACGAAGUGAACCAUCAUACACGAGAUUUAUAGCCUCAACCUUACUAAAAACGAAGGUUGUGCAACAAGGGGUGAAAGUUGAUUACAGUACGCUGGUGCCUGGAGGACCAAUACGAACUCGUUUCAUUUGUUGUAGCAGACACAAGGUUUGGCUGUCCUCAUCUCAAUGCCUCAAGGGAGACUCUUGGCCAUGCCCUUUCAACAGAAACUCGAACAACAAUUUUUCCUUUAAUACUGCAUUGCUUGCAGAGCUCUGCGCUUUUUAAAAGAAGCAAAGUCAAAUUUUCGGUCUCAGUGUUUUUCAGCUAGUUGGUCUAGCGAGAUCGUUCAAAAAAGAGUUCUGUCCUAUUACCAAAAGAGAGGCGAUGUCAUUCUCGCUCAAAAAUAGAUUCGAGAACAUGUUGAUUUACUUGGUAUUGCUCGGCAUCGUACAAGCGCUUAAUGGUGAUCACAAGACCGCAUUCCAAUCAGCGAGAUUCUACGACAAAGCGGGUAUUUGUAAGGGGACAGGCUACAAUCGAAACGAAACCGACUCUUCUCAAUUUUACAGGUGCGUUGAUUAUAAGGGUAAUGGGAAGAAAUAUGUCAUAUUCAAAUUCUCGUGUCCACCUGCGCUUGAAUUCGACGAUAAUCUCUCGGUAUGCGUCUUGUCGCGUAAAUCGCCAUCACCAGUUAUCAACAACUCCAAUCCUACUACAACGCUGACACCUUUAAACGCUCAAACUGAUUCUUCACCGCAACUUUCUUCAUCUCCUGGUUCUGAAACGGAAAUGUUGACACUCGUUCCCCCGUCAACAUCGACCAAUGCUGUUGCCGAAUUUUCUGUUGACCCCUCGUCGACAGGAGUUCCAUCUACUUUUGUAUUUUCACCUGAUUCCGUUAUUGCACCUUCAGUUUUUGAAACGGUAACAAGCUCUCCAAAUGUGGAGGACAAAGAAUUCCAAACUGCUGGUGUAGUAGUGGAAACGUCUGAUGUACUAAUACCGACAUUAGGGAUGGACUGCAUUUCUAACAAGUUGUAUCGACUCCCGAAUUCCGAUUGCAAUCGCUUUUAUCAAUGUCACCAGCGAUCUGUGAACAUUUUCUCUUGCGCACCAGGUUUAGUAUUUGAUGAAGGUGCACAACGUUGUCUACUUCUGGAAGAAUCGUCGUGUGACCAGCAAUUCACGAAACCCAUUGCAGAUGGAUUUUUUGAUUCAUCUGAAAUUGAUUGUACAUCGGGUCAUUUUCAUCGAUAUCCGUUUGAUUGCAGAAAUUUCUUUCAGUGCUACAAUAAUGGUUCAACAAAGUCUAUUUUGUUUUAUUCUUGCUCCAACGGACUGAUAUUCGACGAAAAAUCGUCAAAGUGUCUUCUUCCUUAUGAAACGUCUCCCUGUUACGCUAAUGACAGUCCCUUUAAAGCAUCUCCAUUUCUUAACCAUCUUCAAAGACUUUUCCAAUCUUCCCCUAAUGAGUUUAUCUCCCAGUAACUUAAAAUAAGUCACUAGUGCAUCAGUACGAUUAGACUAUUAACUUUUAUUAUCCCGUGUUUCAAUAUAAUCGAAUUAAAAGCCAA